AUGAUUUCAGCUCUGCUUAGAUGUGGUCAUAGAAGACUCUGCAAGUCUACUCCCCCCAGGAGCGCCUUCCAUCUUCCUCUUCUAGCUGGUGUGGAGGCUGAGCUGCAUCCGGUCUCUGUUGGCCAUAUGAGCAUGGCUGCAGAAAUGGAACAGCCACUUCGGGAAUCCAUGUCCAUGGACAUCGAAGAGGGACCCCGCAUUGGAAAUGGAUCGAUCGUUGACAACCCCGCAUCUGACCUGGUGAAAUCAGAAUCUGACCGAAUAAAAACUUUUUACCAGACGGUCCUGUCGGCCAUCAUGGUGUUCGUCACGGCAGCACUAUCAAGCUACAAGGACAUGAAGACCCUUUACUCGACCACAAGCCGCAACAGAGCUCGCCUCAGCAGCCUCCUCGUCGACGAGGGCUUAUUCAUAUUCAUGACCUUCUUGUGUGCAGUGGUCCUAAUGAUGUCUGAGUUCUUCGUGUACCAGUAUGGCCGGCGGGGUCGUGUCUGGUGCUGGGUUCUCACCAUCCUCGUCGCAGUCACCGGUGUGAUGCUAAUUGUGGCUGACACAAUCCUCCUCAUCGUGGCGAACCGAAGCAACAUGUUGCUGUCAGUUCUUCUUGGGCCGGUGGUGUUGCUUGUCGGUGUGGUCGCGGGCGCUGGAGCAUGGAUGCGGGAGGAACCCAGCUCGGAGCUUGGCAGCAGGUAUGACACGGCCAUGAAGGUCACCUUUGAUAUGGCCACAGUUGGCACCAUUGUCUCUUUCACUCUUCAGGGGGGCAUCGUCUUUGGCUACCUGAAAACCCGAGGCAGUAAGCAGGUCAAGCGUGACCCGCCCCUGGACCUCGCUGCGUGCUAUGCCACCUCGACGCUCUCCCUGAUCGCAAUGAUGGUGUUUGCCAUGCCGCUGGCGCGUCUCCCGGACGACAUGCUGAAGGGUCCUCGUCAGAGUCGUCGAGAGGCUCUGGAGUGCUGUGCUGGCCACUCUUGCGAUGAUGGCGCUGGUCGUCUCGGUGGAGUUCCUGGACGGCUUCGUCGUGCUCUCCUUCCCGGAUGCCGGCGCAAUUGUCCUGUACUACGUGGUGAAGCUGUUCUCGGCAUGCCAACCGCAAGAGGGGAGCUCACUGCUGGACUUCACCUUCCGGAGCCGCCGCGGGGUUCACUCUAA